ACAUUAAAACGGUGGAAGUCAACAAGAUAAACUAAACCAACUAAACACUGAUCCAUUUAUGGAUAAAAAGUCAAAGAGCAUGGAAGAUAAAACAGCUCCGGACAAAGAGAAGUCGUUGUAUUUGACACAAAUACGACAUCUGGACGAGCAGCUGGAGAGAUGCCAGCGUAAAAGUGACGAGCUGAGGAAACAGAACAAGGACCUGGUGUCUCAGCACAGAGCGCUGGAGGUGGACAAGAGGGACAUAUCCGAGUACCUGGUGCACUCGGUUCCUGCAGAGCAGAGGAAAGUGGACAAGCUGGUGGAACUUCUGGAGCAUCAGCGUCACGUCCACCAACAGGAGCGAGAGGAUCUGGAGCUGCAGCACGGCCAGAAGAGGCAGCAGCUGCAGGAACACAUCCACAAACUGACCUCUGAGAGCGAGGCACACGUGGCCAAGAUGCAGGAAAUCAAGGAGCAACAGAAGCAGCUGAGACAACAGCUGCUCGACAUGGAGUCAAGGGAGGAGCAGAUGGAGACUCAGAGAAAAGAACAGAGAGCUGCCAUCAAAAGCCUGGAGUUAGACUUAACGCAGAAGAGGCAGAGGGCUGUCCAGGAGUGCUCUGAGGUCAUCGACGGGCGGAUUAAGGCGACGGUGUCGGCCAUCGUUGAGGAGGAGAGGGCCCAGCACAGAGACAUGUUUGAGAAGGUCCAGCCCCUUCUGCAGGAGAACGUGGAGCUGAUGGAGGAGAAACACAUUCUGAAGCGCCAACAGUUUGAGCUCAGCGUCAAAGCCGGCGAGACGAGGACCAAGAACAACAAAGCUGUGCUGGACAUCAGUAAUCUGACCAAGGAGGAGGAGAAGCUGAUGAAAAGGAAGCAGAAGAACAAAGUUAAACUCGGGAAGAGUCGCUUGGAGGACGACAUCAGACAGCGCCUGGCGUCGCUUUCCGAGGAUCGGCGGCGGAUCAUGAGCGCGGCGGCCGAGCUGGAGGCCGAGCUGCAGAAGGAGAGGAGCAGGAGGAGGCCUCUGGAGAGGGACGUGAAGGAGGCGGUCUCUGUUCUCAGAGACGUCGUCACGAGCUCAGACAAAGUGUCCGAGGUUCAGUCGAAGACCCGGAAGCUGCUGCAGAUCCUGGACAGAGACGAGCCCACGUCUGGACCCGACGCAGCCAGCCAAGCAGAGACCCAGGACCUGGACCAGGAACUGGACCUGGACCUGGACCCUCUGGUCCUGAUGGCUCGCUGCAGGUCAGGUGACCUCGGCCUCGUACCUGGACCCUCCUGGAGCCGACCCAGCGGAGCCCAUCAGUUCACUGGUCUCCACUGGCUUCUCAAAAGGAAACGCUUUGAGUAUUGGUUGUCGACCUGCAUCAACGCUUCUGAUGCAGCUUCUCAGCAGACUGAUGCAGAGGCAGCAGCCGCCUCCUCCUCCUCCUCCUCCGACGCCUCAACAGAGGUCUAAAAUAAAAGCUCCUG